AUGCCCGGCCCACGCAACCAGAAGAAGAAGAAGAACGCACAGAGCAAGAAAGUCGACAAGAAGCCGCCUCCGGCGCCCUCCGCGUCUCAGUCGCCCAGCCCGACGCCCGCACCAGCGACCCCGCCACCGCUCGCCGCACCCGUUCACGCGCACCAUGUCUCAGACGAACCGCUACACGACACGACUCCUCCAGUAGAGCACGACAUACACGAGAAAUAUUUGCCAAUAUACCCUCAGGACGAAACGGAUGCAGAGCCCCCGAUUUCCUCGGCACUGUUCAAGACACCCUUCAUAUACGACCCCGGAGAUGGCCCUCGCGUCAAAGAUCCGCGCGCGUUUCUCGCGUCGCGCUUUGCCGCUCCACCCUCGUUGGACGACGCGAUGUGCGCGGAGUUUGCGGAGGAGGCGGUCCUGCAGAUGCUUUGUACGGUGCUCCCGGAGGAGACGGCCCUGAUCCUGUGGUAUAACAAGAGCAGAAGGACAGCGCGAAUAUGCCCUGCGUGUCAGAGACUGUACCGGCUAGGUGACGUCCUCCCAGACCACCUCGCUGGAGACAACGGGGAGCAGCGGAACGAGACACGGUCAUCGCCCUUCCUUGCGCGCGAGCAGGAGUUCAGCGGUCUAUGCUCGCCAGUAUGCUUCAUCCUCGCAGCGUACAACUACCCCGGCGCGAUCCGCUCAACAUGGGGACGCAUGGCCGAAGAGCUCGACGACGCGACCUGGGACCUGCUCGGCACGCCCACGAGCUCGAACGACCUCGGGCUCGGGAUGCUGCUCAAGAUGACGCGGUGCCACGACCUCGGACUCGCGCAGCUGUUUUUCCCGGACCUCGCCGAUGGUACCGGGGAAGAAGAGGCUGGGGAGGUGAGCGGGGAGGACGGGUCGGAGGAGACGGUGCGGGAGGAGGAGGAGCAUCUGCAGGCGCCGCAGCCGAGACGAGCGAAGGAGCAGUGGGAGGACGAUAUGUCUGAGAUGUCUGCGGUUAGUCCCGGGGUCGAGGUGGAGAUGAUGAUGAGGUUGGAGAGGUUACAGGUCGCUGAGCCUGAGGGAGAGGACGGAGACGCAUGAUGUGCGGACAUCUCGGGAGAGGCACCAUGAUAUGUAUGCAUAUCUGCCAGGUCACUAUGACUGCCACCAGCAUUUAGUAUAUACAUGCAUACGGACGACGCA